CUCCUUGCGAUCGGUGGAGAUGUUGAGAGCGAUUGCAACGUUAAGAUGACUUUCUGUCCACUAUAAGUAUAAACAAUGGUCUGGAUUCCAUGAUGAUGUGACGCUUUUCAAUUGGAAUAAACUUGGACUCAUUUGAAAAAAAAUAGUUCAUCAUAUCUUGAAGUUUGAUAGAUCUUAUCAGAGCAACGGCCAUGUAGUGAGUUUGUAACACCUUCGUUCUACAACAUGCAGCUAUCACCGUCCAGCAAAUGAUGCUGGUCGGCUGAUAAAAUCCUCUUAGAUUAAACUCCGCCCCUGAUAAUGGGAAGUGGGUCCAGCUCAAAGCAAACCACACCAUCCCAAUCAGGAGCAGAUCUCACAAACAUGACUCAACCGUCUAGCCGCGGCUCGCAGAGUCGCGGCAGACGUAACUUUGAAGAAGUCGAGUUUCACGACCCGAAUGCGCGGCCUUCACCACAAAGGCAGCAGCCGUCGCAGUCGGUCGGUGGGGGCUCGUACGGAGGAGUGCAACCCGUUGACCACUACAGGAACGGGUAUAACGGGUAUAGUCAACAGGGCCCACAGGAGCAGUGGCAGUACGCUGGUAAUGCUAUCAAUACGCAGCAGAACUUCACGAGCGCGUUGCAGUCGCACUAUCAACAGGCCCAGGAGCCUCCUACCCUAUUGCCGCAGCCGAAUCAAGACCCCGAUGAAUUCUUGUCGAUGGCGUUACAGAUGCAGGAAAUGGGCGAGGACGACAUUGUGUUUGAGACGUUUCAUCACAGUAAUGGAAGAACUUACACGUGUAUCAAACAGUCUGGCAAAAGACACUACCUGGACAACUGGAAUACGCAGGAAUGGCAAGCGUUUCCAGAACGAUGGAUUGGCCAGGGUCAUUUCUCAGUGGAUGGAGAUCCAAUACAAGACAACAAUGCUGGCUCUAAUAGUAACCCAGCUUCCUCGACAUCACAAACCCAUGAUGUCGGAGACAUCGAUAUCUCACCAGGGCUCGGGAGCGGUAACAAUGACGACCGGGCUGGAUCAAUCAAACACCCAACUCGGGGAAGUCUCCUCACUUAUAUAUUUGAGGAAAAGCGGAAUAUUCACUGUUACUUUGACGAUUCGUCAGGAGCGUGGGUGAAGAUGCCAGUUUCUUGGGAGCAACAUUCGGACUUCAUUAAACCUCUUGUUAGACAGAUCCAGGAAGCGUUGCCCAUGUGGAAAGACAAGUAUGACAUGAUCGCGGCUCUACGUCAGAGCAACUACGACACGGAGGAUGCCAUCUCCACCUACUUUGCAAUCGGCGAUACCGGGGCCAUGGACAGCCCGGAUAGACUGACUGGGGUCAACACGAAACUCAUCAAAGAAAAAGAUGAGAAGAUCUCCAUCUUGCAAGACAAGUUGGCCAAAUUACAAAAGUCUCACAAAGAUAUCAAUUAUCAGAAAAAGCGUCUGCAGACUGACUUUGACAAGAUGAUGACUGAGGUCGAGCAGCUUCGCAAACAGGCUGUCAGCCUGGAGGUGGAGGCUAAGACGGCCAACCUUAGACUUUCCGCAAUGCAGCAAGAGAGACCGAGAACAGGCAGACCAGUUACAGCUAGACGCAAGGCGCCCACACCGGACAUUGAAACGGCCGAACCGGACACAGAUCCCGAUUCCACGUUUGACGAGUCCCCUAAGCACCUUGCUGUACCCCCAGUACCACCAGUGGUAGAGCCACAGGGUCCGACCAUCGACACUGACCUCUUGCUUAGAGUGGACAAAGCGGCUAAGGAGUUGGACAAGUCUAAAUUAACACUCAAGAAGGCAGUGACUCAAGGAUUUGAUGAAAUGAAGGAACUGGUUAAAGCUGCCCUCUCUGGUUUGUCCAAGAUGAAGAAUCUAGACUCGAGUACGUCUCACGAACUCGACAGUCUCAAAGUACUCUACAAGAAAGAAUGCCUCCAAAGGAAACUGCUUUAUAAUCAGCUCCAGGAACUGCGCGGGAAUAUCAGAGUGUUCUGCAGGGUGCGAUAUGACUCGCGCACUGAAUGCUGCCUGGAAUUCCCGGACGACACAGAAAUCUGUGGUGUGAACCCUGCUGGCAAGAAGAUGCAGUACAGCUUUGAUAAAGUGUUCACUCCGUCAUCGACUCAAACGGAGGUUUUCAACCAGGCCCUCCCUAUCAUCACGUCCUGCGUUGACGGCUACAACGUCUGCAUCAUGGCAUACGGGCAGACUGGUUCCGGUAAAACCUUCACCAUGAUGGGUACCAAGGAUGACCCCGGGGUCAACGUCCGAUCAAUUAGAGAACUUCUUAAGAUCUGUGGUGAGAGAGACCAGGUGUCUUACUCAUUGAAGGUGUCCAUGCUAGAGGUGUACAAUGAAGCUCUGCUGGAUCUACUGUGCCAAGGAAGCGACAAGAAGAAAUUGGACAUCAAGAUGCAAGGCAAGAGACUCUUUGUGCAAGGACUGACGGAAGUCGAGGUGAAGGAGGAGCGUGACAUCACUACUGUCAUGGAAACCGGAGAUUCUAACCGAACAACGGCUGCCACUAAGAUGAACUCCACCAGUUCUCGUUCCCAUCUGCUGCUGAUUCUGAACGUUGAGGGCGUCAACAAGGUGUCCAAUGCAACGAGUUACGGUUCCUUGAUGCUGGUGGAUCUGGCAGGGUCUGAACGAAUCGCCAAGACGGGUGCCACAGGACAAACCUUGGUGGAGGCAGCUGCCAUUAAUAAGUCACUCACCUCGCUCGGCCAGGUUUUCAAUGGGCUCAGAACAAGUGCACUUCACGUUCCGUAUCGGAACUCCAAGCUGACUCAUCUACUUCAACAAGCGCUCGGAGGUGAUGCUAAGGCUUGUUUGUUUGUCAACACCAGCCCCGAUGUCAACAACAUCAGCGAAACGCUAAGCACUCUACAGUUUGGUUCAAAUGCUAAGCAGGUUUCACUUGGCCAGGCUACAAAGAAUGUUGCGAAAGGUCCAAAGAAAUGAACAACACGGCCUUCUACAUCAAGUAUUCACUUAAUGUGUAUAAGACUAAAAUCGUAACGCUAAAAACAGCAUUUGUUAGUGUACAGUUAAAGGAACAUUAAAGAAUUUUAACUGACACGGUCUAAUGAUGAUGAUAGUA